AUGUCAGAACUAAAUUCACAUUUUCAUGAAAAUAAUGAUUCAGUUAGUUCUAAUUUGAAAUUAAUCAUUCCUAAAUAUUAUUUUACCUGUGAAACUUCAGACGAUAAAAUAUUGAAUGCGGCUCAGACGUAUGAAGCAGAUUUACCUCAUAGUAUUGAAGCACUACGCGGUCAGUUAAAUUUAUGGAAACAAUUUUGGAAAAAUAAGUCAGAAAAGGCUGAUUCUUCAAUGGAAGCUUUUAAAUAUGCAUCUAUGUUUCCUAACAUUAAAUGUCUUUUAACAAUUCUCAGUGUCAUACCUAUAACAACAGCAAGUGCUGAAAGGUCAUUCAGUUCUUUAAAAAGGAUUAAAACUUACCUACGAUCGACAAUAGGCCAGGAAAGACUUAACAGCUUAGCAAUGUUUCAUAUAAAUAAAGAUAUUCAAGUAAAACCAGAAGAAGUACUAUUUGCUAAAAAACAUAAACGAAGACUUCAAUUCGACCUAUGA